AUAAAUAAUGAGUUUUAUGAUAAAUAAGUGCAAAAUCGGUGACAUUAAUGCUAUCAUUCACCGAUAUUUUGCUGUCCGUCACUGUAUUGGUGGACAUAUGAGUCAACAGCGCCGAUCGUAUCGUAACUAUAAGGCAAAUGAGUUUAUCGCCCGACACAUCGGACCGCGAGAUGAGGACAAAACAUCUAUGUUAAAGACCGUCGGUUAUAAGACAAUGGAAGACCUGAUAUCAGCGACAGUACCGAACAAUAUUCGACUCAAACGGGAUCUCAAGCUCACGGAACCGGAAUCCGAGACAGAGAUACUCAAGAGAUUGCAGUCCAUCGCUGAACUCAACUCAACUCAGUGGCGGACAUACAUAGGAAUGGGAUAUUAUAACUGUGUAACGCCUACACCUAUAUUGCGCAAUAUAUUUGAAAAUCCAGGAUGGACAACACCUUACACACCAUAUCAGGCAGAGAUAGCUCAGGGAAGACUAGAAUCGUUACUUAAUUACCAGACUAUGAUCUGUGAAUUGACAGCAUUAGACAUAACCAAUGCUAGUCUUUUAGAUGAGGGAACAGCUGCUGCCGAGGCUAUGCAGAUGUGUUAUAGACAUCACAAAGAAAAGCGCAAUAAGUUUUUGGUCUCUGAGAACUCACACCCGCAGACUAUGGCCAUUGUUAAGACCAGAGCCGAAGCUUUGGGUAUACAUAUUGAUGUUUUUGAUGGCAUUAAAGAAGUGUUUGACGGAGUCGUUAAAUUAGGCGAUAUGUUUGACUUAUCUCAGUAUUGUGGAGUAUUAGUCAACUUUCCCGAUACUAAUGGCAAUGUUGAUAACCUGACCUCAAUUGUUGAACAGUCCAAAGCCAAAGAUUGCAUUGUUGUUGUGGCCACCGAUUUGUUGGCAUUAACUAUGAUUAAACCUCCCGGCGAUUACGGGUUAGGUUGCGAUAUUGCUAUCGGAACUGCCCAGAGAUUUGGUAUACCACUUAAUUAUGGCGGUCCACACGCAGCUUUCUUGGCCUGUCGUGAAUAUCUGACCAGAAUAUUACCGGGAAGAGUGGUGGGACUGACCAAAGAUGCACAGGGAAAUCAAGCACUCAGACUGGCACUACAGACUCGGGAACAACAUAUCCGACGAGAUAAGGCCACUUCAAACAUAUGUACAGCACAGGCAUUAUUGGCUAAUAUGAGUGCUAUGUUUGCCAUAUAUCACGGACCCAAAGGACUUAAAGAUAUUGCAGAAGAUAUCCACAAAAAGACUCUUUAUUUGUCCCAAAAGAUAUCAGAAAACGAAGACAAUAAAGUUGUUACUUAUAUGCCAUUUGAUACGCUUAAAGUCAAAGUCAAACUCCAGAAGUUUAUCCGAUCCAAAGCUGAGGCCAAACGAAUUAAUUUGCGGUAUUAUCCCGACGGCCAACACGUCAGCGUCUCGUUAGAUGAGACGGUCACCGAUCAAGACUUAAAAGACUUGAUUUGGAUUUUUGGCUCUCAUGAAGAGUACGAAGAGACGGGAGAUAUUAAAAUAUCGGAAAAUUUACUCAAAACAGGAGUUGAGUCGACACCAAUUGGCCGGAAGUCACCAUUCCUUACACAUCCAUUAUUUAAUACAUAUCAUAGUGAGAUGAAAAUAGUCAGAUAUAUGAAACGGUUAGAAAAUAAGGACAUCUCAUUAGUACAUUCAAUGAUACCAUUGGGCUCCUGUACUAUGAAACUGAACGCCACGACCGAAAUGAUUCCCGUGUCGUGGCCUCACUUCGCAUCCCUUCAUCCAUAUCAACCGACAUCGCAGACUAAAGGCUAUCAAUUGAUGAUCAAUGAGUUGGAAAAUGAUUUGUGUCAGCUCACUGGUUAUGAUAACGUCUCUUUUCARCCAAAUUCCGGUGCACAGGGAGAAUAUGCCGGACUUCGUGUCAUAAAAUCAUAUUUAGAGUCUAAAAAUGAGGGGCACCGGGAUAUAUGUCUGAUCCCUGUGUCAGCUCAUGGCACAAACCCAGCCAGUGCUCACAUGGCUGGCAUGAAAGUUGAGGCAAUACUGGUCCUUAAAGAUGGCAGAAUUGAUAUGGAUUACCUCAAAGAAAAACUCGACAGGUUUCACRACCGCAUCGCAUGCCUUAUGGUUACCUAUCCGUCCACUUUUGGUGUCUUUGAGGAAUCUAUUGUCGAAAUCUGUGAUCUCAUACAUCAGUGCGGUUCGGCUCAGGUCUACUUAGACGGCGCUAACAUGAAUGCACAGGUGGGCCUCUGUAGGCCUGGUGAUUACGGCAGUGAUGUUUCUCAUUUAAAUUUACACAAAACAUUUUGCAUCCCUCACGGCGGUGGUGGACCGGGAAUGGGACCCAUUGCCGUCAAAAUGCACUUAACACCAUUUUUACCGUCACAUCCGGUCGUUGUCGAUGAGAUGAUAGAUACUCAGCACAGCUUUGGUACGGUAUCGGCCGCGCCCUGGGGUUCAGCAGCUAUACUACCAAUUAGCUGGACAUACAUAAAACUGAUGGGUGAACAAGGCUUAAGACAUGCCUCCGAAGUGGCAAUACUUAACGCUAAUUAUAUGGCCGCCAGACUUAAARAUGCUUAUAAAGUGCUUUAUAGAGGUACUAACGGAACGGUAGCUCAUGAGUUCAUAUUAGAUGUAAGAGAUUUUAAAAAGACAGCCGGUGUUGAAGCCAUGGAUAUUGCUAAGAGACUACAAGAUUAUGGAUUUCACGCACCGACCGUUUCGUUUCCUGUGGCCAACACACUGAUGAUUGAACCGACAGAAUCGGAAGACAAACCAGAAUUAGACAGAUUCUGUGAGGCUAUGUUAAGCAUCAGGUCCGAGAUCAGGGAUAUUGAGACAGGACUUAUGGACAAAAAAAUCAAUCCAUUAAAAUGCGCACCCCAUACUCAGAGGGUUAUCUGUGCAACAAAUUGGGACCGACCCUACACUCGGGAAGUGGCCGCUUUCCCAGCUAGCUUUGUCAAACCUGAAACAAAAAUGUGGCCAACAGUUGGACGCAUUGAUGACAUCUAUGGCGAUACUCAUUUGUUUUGUACCUGUCCUCCUGUCUCUGAACAAUAUUAAGUCAAACUAAUUGUUUAGUCCUCUUUGAUAAAUA